UAUCUUUCAAAGUAUGGAUACCCGUCACUCUCCCUCCCAUUCGUGCCAAAGACAUUUGUCGGCAUCGUGGAGCCAGUCGGAGAAGCUACUACCUCCAUGACGCACUGUUCCCAUGUCUGUCCUCCGUUCGUCCCCUUCGUCUUAUCUUCUAUUUUCGCCCUCAUAUUGCUCCUUUCGUCCCUUCUCCUCCAGUUGAUUGCUUUUGCCGGUCGACUGGCUUUUCUGGAACAACAUGCCACGUCGCCCACUCGCAAAGUGACUGGUAUGUGUACUUUGGGGUGUGGGAAGCACUUAGGUGCCUCGCCUUGGGAAUCACAACCAUCCAUCUCAUUGUGCGGAUGCGAAUGUACCGAUACUACUCCCCGCACUCUGGUUGGGGCGAGCGGACGGAUCAGGAUCCGGAUGCGGAUCCUGGACGAAGAGUUACAUGUGUACUUCCUACAGGAAAGAGCAAGGAAAACGAAGAUCCUUCCCCCUUCUAUUCCUCUCCCAAUAACACAACUACCGAGGGGGAAAAAAGAAAGAAAGAAAAGCAGAGACAAAAAGGGUAAAUCCGGUCCCGAAAACUAACUCGAUUCGCCAAGACGCGGAACGCUAGGCCCCUAGGCCUUAAAUCGAAUCGAAGCAUGUGGCAUUUCCACCGACUGCAACCUUACCGCUAGUUAUUGCGCGCUUAUAUGAGCCGCAGAUGAAUCAAGC